AUGUCUAUCGAGCAAUAUUUUAAGACAAAAAUGCCUAAGGAAGACGUAGAAUUUGACAAUAAUGAAUCUAGUGAAGUAGAUUCGGAUUUAGAAGAAGCUGAUAUUGAAGUACCAAAUAAUUAUAGACGCGCAACACAAAAAAAAUUAAAUUUAAAAAAAAAGAAAGUGCAACUUUUAUCAAAGAGAAAAACAGGAGUUUUUCAAAAUGAAUGGUUAAAUAUUUAUAAGUGGUUGAUAUAUGAUGGAUCAAGAAAUCUAAUGUUUUGCUCACUAUGCCAAAGUCAUAAAAAACAAAAUAAGUUUAGAAAAGAAGGUUCAAAGGAUUUUAAAUCUUCCGCACUAUCAGAACAUUUCACAACUAAAGAUCACACUGAUGCAACAAAUCGGGAGAUUGCAAAGGUAGAACUUAUUAAGGUUACCAACAAUGCUAUAGAUAGGGCUCAAAAUCACGUUAGUGUUUUAAUGAAGAUAAUAUUUUGGCUAGCAGAAAAUGAUAUUUCACUAAACAAAUUACCUGAAGUUGUAAGACUAUGUAGAAUUCUUGAUUGUCCACAGCUAUUAUCAGCUUCUAAUACAAUUACUUAUGAAAAUAAUGUAUCUGGACGUGAAAUUUUAUCUGCUAUUUCAAAUUCAAUAGAAGAAAUUAUUUGGAAAGAAUUGGCUGAAGCAGCUGCAUUUGGAAUUAUGGUGGAUGAAAGCACAGAUAUUUCAUGUGAAUCCCAUCUUAUUAUAUAUGUUAAAUACUGUUUGUAUGGAAAUAUUAAGAUUCGUUUUUUAAAAUUAAUACAAUUAAAAAGCAAAGAUUCAAAAACUAUUUUCAAUGCAAUUGUUGAUUUAUUUGAUAAAAAAGGCAAGUUUUUAAAUAAUAUUGUAUAUUAUUUUAUUUAA